AACUGAACCUUGCGCCGAGCCAAUGUCGUCUAAGAAAGAUGUAUCGAUUCAACAGCGGGUUUGCGAGCCCAUUGUGAGUCGUGGUUUGGAGAGCUUGCGGAGGAUUGAUUUCUUCAGGGCUUUGAAGGAACCAGUAUUGAGAAUGAUUGCCGUGAAGUUACAGGUUUGCUUUUUGGCACCAGAGGAGCUUCUGGCCAGAGAGGGAGAACGAGUAGACCGCUUGUGGUUUAUGGGAAAGGGAACUGCUGAUGCUGUUGUGCAUGGCAAAAAGGUCCAAACAUAUGUCGAUGGAGCAGUGAUCGGUCCACCCGUUGGGCUUCUAAUGGAUCAUGUUUGGAGCCAGACGGUCACAACGACAUCAUUUUCGGAUUUUAUGGUUCUUACUUCUCACGAUCUUCGGACCUUCUUCACGCACCAUGAAGCAGAUGCCAACAAGGUUCACGCUGCAGCAUUUCAUUCGCAGAUGAAAGCCGACCACUCAAAGUCAAAGGCCGAAAGUCCGCGAGCCUCCUCAAAACUCAAACCCGUGGCUUUGAGAUCCGCCACCUCAGGCCUCAAUGACAGAGGCGAAAAAAUGCGUGACAGAUCCUUCCAUCCGAAACGGUCCGAAUCUGCAGUGCACUCCCCGAUUGCCCUGGUGAGUGACCAGCGUUUUGCCAACAAUGAGGAGCUUGAAGCCGCACAAAAUGCCGUUGCUGCCUGGCUGGAUGGAAUUGAUUUCUUCUCAGAGUUUGAUGUGUUUAGCCUAGAACGGCUUCUCUUGAUGGUAAAGAAGAACACCUUCAAGGCUGAUCAAGAGAUACUUUCGCAAGGCAAACUUGCAGAUGCAUUGCAUGUGAUUUACGCAGGUCAGGCAAAUGUGCUGGUUGACGGUAAACUUGUUUCGACGCUGGGGCCCAAGAGCGUCCUUGGAGAACGUUCGGUGUUUUCUUUGGGAGAGGAGCUCAGGGUGUGUCAUGCUACCGUGAUGCCCGCCUCAAGUGUGGUUAUCACAUAUUCUUGGCCGCGUUCAUCUUUGUUGGAACUGUUCAUCAAGGAUGAUCGAAUAUAUGUGCAGUUCAAGAAGCUUCUGACGAUUGAAGAACAAUCCUUUAGGAAGAUUCGCCUGUUUGAGCAUGCUUCCGUAGACUUUGUGAACAUGCUGGAAGCCAACGCGCAGCACUUGAAGCUGGAUGUGGGCCAGACACUUUUUGAAGACAAAGCUCCGAAUUCAGAUGCCUACCUUUUGUGCGAGGGAUCGGUUGCAAUCCUGAAAGAUGGAGACCUGCAGAUCAACAUUGAAGUUGGAGACCUUGCUGAUGCAGUUCUAUUUGGCGAGUUCAAUGUUUUGGGACUUUGGCGUGCUCCAAAGGCAACAGUGAAAGCAACUUCUCAAUGCAUCGUUAAGGUGAUCACCAUGGAGGCACUGCAGCAAUGCUUUGCCACCUUCCCGGACGACUCCGGCAUUUUCCGGCAGUUGGUCGAAGACCGCAUCGAAAAGGAUGCCAGCAAACGUAUUCCCUGGACAUCACAAGAAGAAGAAGCAUCUGAAGAGCUUCAGCAAGAGUUCUCGUUGCUUCCCCGCAGUUACGUGAGGCAGUUUGUGAAGGACUAUGACCGGAUCGAGUUAUCAACAAGCUUGGCAGAAAUCCCUGACUUAAAACAGUUGCCAGGAAAACCGCUAGAGGAGCUUGCAGCAGUCAUGAAACUGCGCAUCUAUAUUCCUCAGCAAGUGAUCCUGCAGCAAGGAGACGACCUGUUUGAGAUUAUGAUUCUGCAGCGAGGGACCUGUUCCGCAGAAGCCUUUGGAGCUGAUUUGCAGCCUAUACAAGGUCCAACUAUUAUUGGAGGCAUUGCUUCCAUAAUGAUGAAGAAGGUAUUCACAACAAUCGUAGCAGAAGAAACAUGUUUUGUGGGAGCAAUUUCAAAACAACGGUUUGCAGCAACGAUGGACAAGUAUCCAGAUUUUCGGAGAGACUUACUGCUGCAUACAAACAGUUCCUUCAAGCGCCUGUGUGAUGACUUCCAAGAAAUGUCAAAAACAUCAACCUUGCGGAGCCAUUUGCAGAAGAUCAAUAUGUUUUCGGAGGCCUCUUCGGAAUUUAUUUCUCAGUUUGCUGCAGUCAUGGAACCAUGUUUGCUGCUUCCGGGUCAAUCCAUUGUGCAGGAUGCUCUAAGUCCCAAAUUGUUUGUGGUCUUUGAUGGACAUUUGCAUGUCAUGAAGAAUGGCUUCUUGGUGUGCGCGUUGCCCUCAAAGUCUAUUUCAGGAGUCCUGGAAGUUUAUGGGAUUGACACCGGUGAGCGAACACAGGUCAAAACAGACGAAAUCUGCAAGGUGGGGACUGUGGCAAAGAAGGCGUUCUUCAGCCUACUGGAGAAGUUUCCACCUGAGCGUGUCAAGUUUGAGCAAUUGUUGCACAACCUCUUGGACAACCAGGUUGGGCAUCGGUUGCUGAAGCAUCCAAUCUUUGCCGGUAUGCCGUCGCAAUUUUUAACUCGGCUUAGUCUCCUAUUUGAGCGGAAAGUUAUCCACCCCCAGACUGUGAUCUUCGGCGAAAAUGAAGAUGGGUCGACGAUGGUUGUUUUCAAUGUGGGCAAAGCCGAUAUCAUCUUUAAAGGCCUGCAGAUUAGCAUGCUUUGGCCUGGAAAGUCCUUUGGCGGGGCACAAAUGAUGGGAGUGCAGCACCAGUACCAUGCCACAGUUCGCACCAAGAUGAUGUGCCAUGUGUUGCUUCUAAGCCAUGAACAAUUUUGCACACUGACACCACCCGGACCGAAGCGCCCUUGGGUUGCAAUAUUGAGACACAGAACAAAGACGGCAUACUCUCAGGAGUUGAAACUUUUCAAGCAAAGACAUAUGCAAUGCAGAAUCCUCAACCAAUCGGGCGUCUCAACCACGCAAAUAUCGUCAGCGAUAUAUUCUAAGAUGGUGCUUUUGCACCAUAUCCUCAAGGCGUGGCGAACACUGGGUGAGGAACAAAGUAGGCAGAACUCGGAACAUGGGAUUGAGCGGAAGGAGGCAGGCUCAGACGACGGCCACUUGCAAGAAGGGCAGGCUCAGACCGUGAAGCCUCCUUUGCGUCCUUUGCGGCCAUUAUUCUUUAGCAGGGCUUUGAGGCGGACCCGCCUCCUUAUCCCUGGCAAGAGACGAGUCCAACACAGCAAGAAGGGUCGAAACAGUCGAGCCACAUACAUCAAUAGAUUUGACGACUUUUGACAGACAACGUGAUUUGACAACAUCAAUACCGCGUGAUGUUGUUUACAUGUUUUGGCAGUUUGAAUCAGGGAAAACCUGCCCACAGCUCGAGAACACCUUGAGCUAUGUACAUAAAUAAAAGAGACCAAUCACCAGACAUUUUGGCUUUGCAAGCUCUCGAAACAGAGAGUUUUGCUUUAGCUUGGAUAAUGUUGCCCAGAGUUUGCUCAAAUCUGACCAGGGUUUGAUGCGUCGCAGCCCCAAGGCUAUUGUGCCCCGUGCGAACAGUUUGCGCUUGUUUACCUCUAUAUAUAAUGAAGCCAUCACAGCCUUGACAACCAUCACAGCCUUGACAACUGCUGCCACUAUAUAUACUAAGUUUAAC